CUGGACUCGCCUCUGCUUCGGCGCCCCGGGACUGGCACCGUCAAUUCUCUAUCAGAAUAAACCCAACUUCCAGCCUGAGCCUGGAGUCUGUCUGGGCUGCAAAAGGGGGGUCUCCCCUGGAGGACAAGCCAUGAGAGAGGAGGUGGAGACGGGCGCCCAGUUCCUGUCGCGCCUGGUGAACCGGCACGGCCGGCUGGACAACGGGCGCAUGGAGCAGUUCGGGGAGUGCCUGGCCGCCAUCCUUCAGGAGAGGUACAGCCGGCACUGGUACCCCGAGAACCCCGCCAAGGGGCAGGCCUACAGGUGUAUCCGCAUCAACCGGCGGCAGCAGGUGGACGAGUCGCUGCUCCGGGCCUGCGCGGGCUGCGGGCUGGAGUACUGGCAGCUGGCGCUGCCGCGGGAGCUCUCGCUCUGGAUCGACCCGGGGGAGGUCUGCUGCAGACUUGGGGAGAACAGCAAGUACUUCACGGUGAGCCCCUCGGAAGGGGGCAGCGGCAAGGGGACCCCAGAGCCCGAGACGUCAGACUAUCACUCAGAGUCACCAUCGGAGAGCUCCUCGGAGGACGAGGGAUCAGCCCGGCCCUCCCCGGCACCGGCCCCACCCCCAGCCCCAGCCCCGAGCAGACCCGCCCUGCCGGAGCCCAGCAAACAGGCCGCCGAGUUGUUCUACGUCCCGGCCCCCAUGUGGGUCCCCUGCACCACUCAGCGCCUGGUCAGCUACAUCCCCACCUACCAGCCCCUCACCUUCUACUACGUCAGCGUCGGAGCAAAGCCCUCGCCGGCGAAGAGAUCCAACCCCGACCGGCUGCGGCGCCUCACCCAUCGGGCUGCAAGGGCUUAGGGGCGGGGCAGGGAGAGGGGAGAGCCCCCAGCCCCUCUCCCUCCUGCCCCCACAUCCCUUUCCCCCCCAGUGAUCUCCACCAGGCUCCCAGGCUGAGACUGGGUGGAACUCACCACAGCAGUACAAACAGCACUACCUGGUGGCCAUGCAGCGAGCCAGGCUGGAAACAGCUGAAAGUUGGGGAUGUCCUGCCCCCAUCCCCCUGCCCAACUGGUGCUUUAAGGGUUAACAGCCCCUCUUCUUGUGCAGGGAGUGCGGCCCCACAGCCGUGGGGCUGAGCCAGUUGAGACUCAGUAUCCUACAGGCCUGUCUGCACAGGCAAAGCGCACGGGUAAACUUGCUGUGGAAGGGAAGACGGCCCUGGAAGCCAGGACACCUGGGUUCUCUCCCCACCUCUGGAAGGGGAGUGGGGUUUAGUGGUUAGAGCAGAGGGGGCUGGGGGCCCGGACUCCUGGGUUCCAUUGUCAGCUCUUCUGACCAGCUUCUGGCAAAAAAAACCAAGCACACACACACACACACACACACACACACACACAAAACCAUCACGUAUGUGCCUCAGUUUCCCCAUCUGUAAAACUGGGAUCAUAACACUCACCUACCUCAGAUUGGUGCUGCGGUGCAAACAAACAUGGGCACUUUAUAAAGGCUUUUUCGAUGCUGCUUUGCCAGGCAGGGGAAAGGAUUAUUCUAAUGAUUUUAAUAUAUAUGCUGUAAAUAGUGAGCCUCUGAUAUUUAAUUUAUGGAAGCAGAGAGAGCUGUUUAGCAGGGAGGUGCGUGGGGGGGGGGUGUUUAAUGCCAAAUCUAUUUAUAGAGGGUUUUUUGCAAAAAAAAAAAAAUCAAAAUCAAAUCCUUUUUCUAUAAAAAUUCACAAGUGCCUAUUAAGGAGACCUCUGUGGUGACGCAGGAAA